UCAAUCCAGUGGUCAUGGCUUUUAAAUGGGUUUGUGCCGAUCUUUGUUAUUCUCUUAUCUCGCCGCACGAAACGCAGUCCGGACGCUCUGGAAAGUCAGCUCGUAUCGGCGUUCCGGGCGGCCACCCUUCCCGACACCGAAACGCUGGACCUCCGCCAACCACCGUCCCCACUUUCACCCGGCCUUGAUCCCCACGGUCAACACCAUCAUCACCAUCCUCAUCAUCACCACCAGGCGGCUCCACCGUUGUCCCAUGCGGACUAUUCGCGCAAACGAGCGCAUCGCCACGUUUCGGAUCUGCCCGGGUUCUUCCCCAGCGGACACGGCGCGGACCUGGGUGGCCCCGGGGGCAAGAAGGCCAAGUUUUCCGCCGCAGCAGCGGCUGCCGCGGCUGCCAACUACUACGACAAUGCAUAUCUUUCGUUCGAGAAGAGUCUCCGUGGAGCGUUCGGGACGGCGGGUUCCGAGGGCCUCGAUGGCCCGGGCGGCCUCGGAGUGGUCGGUCUCGAUCCGUACGGUGGUGGAGGGGGUGCUGGGGGAGGACCCAUUGGUGGCGGACAUCAUCUGCUGUCACCGAUCAACUACACGCUCACGGCCGAAGCCAUCAAUCGACGCAUCCGGAGUACGCUCGGGUUGGACGAUCCGAUGGAUCCGCUGGGUAAGGGCUCGCCGACGGAAGGGGAGGUGUGCUGCCAGGGUGGCGGCGGUGGUGGUCCUGGUGGCCAGGGUGUACCCAGCCCGGACUGGCUCGUGGGUAGACGGCCGGCGCUGGCGGACACUCGCCCCUACACCCACAGCCCCAUCCCUCCGGCCAGCGCGUACGAGGAGCACAAGUUUUCCCCAUUUUCUCCCGCCGGAAAUGCAGGCACGCUGCACGACGACAACAACAACGUGGACAAGAAGACGUUUGUCGAAUAGAACGCAACAAUUUUGGACAAGAUUAACGUCCCUGUUGAGGGCUGCGAGUGAGUUUUGUUCUAUUUUUGAAAGGGCAAGUGAUAGGAAUGGUUAGCAAAACACACGAAACCCCCCGGAGCCUCUUUUAACGUCGGAUUUAACAGAGAUUGUAGACUUCGACACGAAGCUAGGUAAGUAGCGAGAUAAUGAUGAAACGAUCAUACAACAGAGUGGUAUGGUGGAUAUUUAAACUUUAGAAACCCAGAAGAACUGAUUCGAAAAUGAAAAAUUUUGCGAUAAAGAUUAGAGCUCGCAGGACGGCAUAUCGUAGAUUCGAGUGUCCUUGAAAAAACUAAAAGAAAUAAAAACAUAAACACACACACACAUAGAAACAUUUAAAAAGAUGACUCUACCAAUUCACUAAAUUUACUAUACCGGCAAAACAUCUAUAUGUAAAUUGAAGACGAGAACAUUUAAGAUGACUAUUCGGAGCUGAAGAAAACAGGCAGACAUGAUCGUGAGAUCGGAAAAUCUCAUGUGGUUUCACAAGCGAAAUUUUAGGUUUUGCCUCUCGAAAUCGGAAAUAAAUCUGAUUAUUUUUAGUAAAUGCUUUUAACAUUUAAAUGGUUGAAAAAAUGCAGUUUAAUACGGCUUCGCUGUAGGGCUGAAGCUUUGUUUGGUUUUUUCGUUUUUAUUUAAAUUAUUUUAAUUUUUAUUUCAUUUUCGGUCUUUCACGUGGGGAAAGACAACAACAAUGAUUGUUUUAUGAAAGACAACUCCUUCCAAGCUGGUUGAAAAUAUUUUGAUUCAUAGCCGAUUUUGUUAUUUGUUUAAAUUAGAUUUUUUUCCAUUUUUCGAGAUUAAUAAAAUUUCGAGGCAAACAAAAACCAAUCUCGAUUGCAAAAAUUCCCGAGUAAACUUUAACUGGUAAAAACAAUAAACAAGUUUUCCAAAACGCAAGUGGAACAUUACUUUCGUUAAUACAAUUUGAAAUACACCAUGAAUGCACCGGAUGGGAAGAUAUCCAAUGGAAACAACCACUUACCGAUAAUCAAAAGAAGGAAUGAAUGAAAAACAUUACUUGAAAAGUCUUUGAACAGAACUUAAGAAACAAACCCUUGGUGAUUAAUCUAGACUGAUUAGAUAAUAUACAACUUACAUCGGUAUAUACAUUAGCAACGAUCGGUUACAGGACUGGAAAUGGGGAUUUGAUAAGUGGUGUGACGAAAAUUAACAAACAUGAUACAUUUGGUAGAUAUCUUGCGCGUACUAGAUUUCGAAUAUUAAACAAGUGUAAAAGUAUAUUACUAUUAAAGAUAGCAACACGGAAAAAACACAGAAAUACAUAUAUGUAAAACGUACAGUUUCAAAAAAGGAAUGAAAACAAAUCCACACAUACCACUGCAACGCAUUGAAAAUCUUAUAUCGAGCUAGAACGAUCAGUUGUGACAUAGCAAUGUAACCAGAAUGGCAGGUCUGAUUAAGAAGACUUCGAAAUAAAUUGCAAAUAAAACAUGUUACA